CACACCACACCGCCACUACCACCACCAUCGAAGCACAACCACUACCACCACUACCACCACCACCAUCACCACUACCACCACAAAUCCCUUUGAGAACCAACCAGUGCGGAGUGCUCUCCCGCCACAUUACUCAUACGCCGCGUCGCCGCCUCGAGUGCACAAUUUUGUAUACAGUACCAAAUUAGAUUUGAAACUUUUUUCUUAAUUGCCAGCCCUCCGCCGCCGCCGCCGCCGUCGCAGCUGGCGUCGCCGUUGGCGCAGGCAGCGACGCCGACGCACACAGGCAGCUGCGCGGCACAAAGGUGGUUGCAACACUCUCGGAAUCGGGAAUACACGAGUAUAUCCCCUAUAUCCCAUGUACAUGCCCACGAGCGUAUCCGCGCACUUUCAACCCUCGUUUGCCAGCCGCUUCUGCUGUUUCUGCCACUUCUGCCGCUUCUGCCGCCUCUGCCGCUUUUGUAUUGGUAAAUGUUGCCGCUUGCCGCCAUUGCUGAACGUCCGACGUCGCAACGUCGAGCGUCGUGCGCUGCGGCCUUUGGGCCAAAAGUUGAAUCAGUUGCAAUCGAGGGCUCACUGUGUCAUGUCGUCAGCGCGCGUGGAUUGAAUUGAAUUAUCGAACUAUGUGGUUACUCUGAGAAACGGACAUAAAAACUUACCAAUAAAACAAUUAAAAUACAAAAUACAAGCUAACAACAAACAAUUAUAGCAUAAUCAUAAGCAAAAGUGUAGUGUGUGCGCAAAAGUUCUUGGCCAACAGCAAAUCUACAAAUCGAGUUGCAAUGAGUCUGCCGUCGGGUGUGGACAUGCAGAAUCUGAUGUCGCAGCAUCCGGUUCUGGGAGCACUGCCACCUGCUUUCUUCCUGAGAGCCGCCUCGGAACGCUACCAGAGGACGCCCAAGUGCGCCCGCUGCAGGAACCACGGAGUGGUCAGCGCCUUGAAGGGCCACAAACGCUAUUGCCGCUGGCGGGAUUGCGUCUGCGCCAAAUGCACUCUAAUCGCGGAACGCCAACGGGUUAUGGCUGCUCAGGUGGCCCUCCGGCGCCAACAGGCCCAAGAAGAGAACGAGGCCCGCGAACUGGGCCUGCUCUACACCUCGGUUCCUGGCCAGCAGAAUGGCAGCGACAGUGCCACGCCCACUCCGCACAGCCCCAAUCACAGCGGCAGCGGCGGUUCGGCCAGCGGCGGAUCUGGCCAGAACGGCGUCUUCCACGGCGGCAUUCCCUCGCCACCCAGCGACGGCUUCGAGGCCAGCUCCACACCCAAUCAUCACCAGCAGUCGCAGUCGCAGCAUCAGCAGCAGGCGCACCACCAGCAGCACCACAGCCACCCACAUCCGCAGUCGCAGCGGUUCAAUGGCAAUGAAUCCGACACGGAUGGACGCACCCGUUCCGAGCACCUCAGCGUGGGCUUCUCGCCCACGAGAACCGAGCUGGAUGAGAGUCCUGUUUCCAAGCGCGGAGCAGCCUUGUCUAACGAAACCGACCAGGACACGGGCUCCGAGUCCGGAUCGCCGAGUAGUCCCCGGCCCAAGGUCGCCGGACUGUUCAAUCUGACCGCCAGCUUGUCGCCCGCCCGCACUGGACCGCCCAGCUCGCCGGAGUCCGAUCUGGAUGUGGAUUCGGCGCCGGAUGAGGCCACGCCGGAGAAUCUCAGUCUCAAGAAGGAGGACAGCCAGUCGCCGCCCAAUACGCCCGCCGAGAAUCUCCAUCUGCUGCGUUCCUUCAGCAGCAGUCAUGCCCAGGGCUUCCUGCCAUACCACCACACGCAGUUCCUGGCCGCCGCCGGUUUGCCCGCCCACCACCACCCACCGGCGCACUCGCCGCACCACCAGCAGCAGCAGCAACAGCAGCAGCAGAACCACCUGCCACAGCACCACCAGCAGCAGCAACAGCAUCAGCAGCAGCAGAGAUCACCCAUCGACGUCCUGAUGAGGGUGUUCCCCAACCGACGGCGCAGCGAUGUGGAGCAGCUGAUGCAGAGGUUCCGCGGCGAUGUGCUCCAGGCCAUGGAGUGCAUGCUGGCUGGCGAGGAUUUGGGCCAGACGCCGCCGCAGGUGCCGCCCUCGCCGCCCUUUCCCAUGAAGUCCGCCUUCUCGCCGCUGGUGCCGCCCUCGGUUUUCGGUUCGCCCACCCAUCGCUACCAUCCCUUCAUGCAGGCGCACGCCAAGCGAUUCCUGACUGCUCCCUACGCCGGAACCGGCUACCUUCCCGGCGUGCUCAGUGCGGCGGAUAUCGAGCAAUCCGAGUCCAAUGGCGCGGGUGGCAUUGGGUUGGAUCGCACCAGCAAUGCCGGCGACUCACAGGAUUGAGGCAGCGAGGUGGAGGCCAGCGGGGCGUCCGUCUUCAGGCCUUUCGAGUGAGGUGCCCAUCCCUACUACACUGCGAAAAAAGCCCACACCUCAGGAGUCAAGAACGCAAUUGAAAACUUCGAUCAGUUUUAGAGCUCUCAUUUAUGUUCGUAAUAUUUCCAGGCAGCUGAAACCACAGAAGUUUUUUAUUGCAGAAACAUGCUAGAAUCUUCUUGAUUUUAAUGCAACUGUUUUUCGCAGUGCACGGCCCCCAAACGAAGUGAAAAUUACAUUUGCCCUUGACUCUUAGCACAAGUAUUGUAACAUAGAGACCGUAAAAAUAAUACGUUUAAUGAAUUAAAAGCUAAGGAUUCCAUACACUCGAUCCCAGUUAGGAGCCAUAAGAUGUAUUUGUUUAGCUGAAAUUAAUAUUAUGUCGAUGAUGAGAUUAUUGUGUAAGUGAUUGUUUGAUUGCAAGCAACUAAUUGAGAUAUCCGUGUGUACCAUAUGAA